CACAGCCCAAAACCAUUGAACCUUCACAAAGAACACUCCAUUUCUACACCAACAGAGAAAGAGAGAAUCACGAAGAACUCAACACGAUCGAAGAUGUUUCUCCGAGCGAUGGCGCGGCCAUUGAUGGCAAGGUUAAAGACAACAACAGGAAUCGUAGGACUAGACGUAGUCCCAAAUGCAAGAGAAGUGUUGAUCAAUCUGUACAGUAAGACCCUUAACGAGAUCAAAAAGGUUCCAGAAGAUGAAGGGUAUCGUAAAGCUGUUGAAAGCUUUACAAGUCAUAGACUUAAGGUUUGUCAAGAGGAAGAAGAUUGGGAGAAGAUUGAAAAUCGUCUUGGUUGUGGUCAGGUUGAAGAGCUUAUUGAAGAAGCUCAAGAUGAACUCAAACUCAUUGGCUAUAUGAUUGAAUGGGAUCCUUGGGGUAUCCCUGAUGAUCACGAAAUUGAGAUGGUUGAAAACGACGCACCAAUUCCAAAGCACGUUCCUCAACACCGUCCUCCUCGUCUCCCUAAGGAGUUUCAAGACACCUUAGAUGCACUUAUGGCUGACCCAUCAAAGAUGGAAAAGAUAGAGGAACUUGUGGCUAAAACAAGAAAAGAUGGUGCUGCUGCUGGAAACUCCAAUGAAGAACCCAAAAAGCCAUGAACUUCAGUUACAUUAGAGCUUUGAAUUCUCCUUUUGGAUGUGAUUUUCCUUUUAUUGCAUCAAACUAAAUUGUUUGUGUUAAGUAGUUUCAGAUUCAACUGUCUUUUCAGGGACCAAUCCUUUGCUCCAAAACAACUUGAACUGGUUGAAAUAACAAGAAAUAACAUUGUACUUUGUAUGCAUGAAAUGACUUUGGUAUUAAGAGUUUUUAUAUAUAUA